AUGCCCACAUGGCAGGCCGGCCGCUCCUCCGCAGCCACCUCCGCCACUCUGCCCCGUUCCGAAGGCGCUCGGAACAGACUUGGCCCUCUGCAUUCCACCUCUCCGUCAACCUCUCAGCCUUCCCACUCUCUCGCUAUAAUGGAAGAGGAGAAAGAUGAAGAUGCAUUCCAGAAGAAGGAAGACACAAGAUCAUCCCCAAAGGAACUGAUCUAUGUCCAAUACUCCCCUGCAGAAGAGGAACGCUAUCUCCCCGCCAUCCGCCAACUCAUCUCCAAAGACCUUUCGGAGCCAUACAGCAUUUAUGUAUACAGAUACUUUUUGUAUCAAUGGGGGGAUCUAUGCUACAUGGCCCUUGACCCCUCCUUCCCCUCCCCCUCCCUCAUCGGGAUCAUAAUCUGCAAACUCGAACCCCACCGCUCAGGCACCUUCCGCGGCUACAUUGCCAUGCUGGCCGUCGCCUCGGCCCACCGCAAUAGGGGAAUCGCAACCUCGCUCGUGCGCCGCGCAAUCGACGCCAUGGCCGCGCGCGAUGCUGACGAGAUCGUGCUCGAGACAGAGGUCAGCAACACGGCGAGUUUGAAGCUGUAUGAGCGCCUGGGCUUUCUGAGGAGUAAGAGACUGCAUCGGUAUUAUUUAAAUGGAAAUGCGGCAUUUAGGUUGAUUCUUUACUUGAAGGAGGGGACGGCGUUGAAGAGGCCGCUGGGUGGGGAGGGGGAUGGGGGCCAAGGCGUGGGAGGGGUUAUGGGACAGGAUAUUAGAGGGGCGUAUGACGAGGCCUUGUAUGGAUGA